UAGCGUCAAAACCACCAACAGGAGCAGCCGCCGAAGAAGAAGACAACAAGAGCCACCACAACAAAUAGAAGAAGAAGUAAAAAGAAGAAGAAGAACAGUGGUCUAGUCUUGUGACCUGCAUUAUGGCCGGUCAAGGCUCGACUAGGAGACGGCUGCCUGCUCAGCUGCUGGUCCUGUGGAUGCUGACCAAUUUAUCUGACUCCUCCUCCUCCACAGUGUGUUUGUCUGCUCCUGCUUCUGUCACGCUUCAAGUUUCCUCUAAUGCCACCACCACUAUUACAUCCAGUUCACCUGUCAACCAGUCAAUGGUGAUUUACUUCAACGUGACCUACAGCUCCAAGUCGAACUACUCCUCUGUUGUCACGCUGCCUGAGGAGGUGCUGCUGCCAGCGAAGGCCGACACGGUCAAUUUCACGGUGACAGCCAAAGGUGUCGGUCAGGUGACCACGUACCUGCUCAGCAACAACACGAACCUCAGCAGUUUGUCUGUGAGGAUCCGCUUCAUAGUCGUCCACAGCAGCGUCCUCUCAGUGAUCAGUCAGGUGAUCGGCUGGAUUUACUUUCUGGCCUGGUCGGUUUCGUUCUAUCCUCAAGUCUGGGAAAACUGGAGGAGGAAAAGUGUCGUAGGUCUCAACUUUGACUUCCUGGCCCUCAACCUCACCGGCUUCAUCGCUUACAGUGUCUUCAACAUAGGGCUGUUCUGGAUCCCGUAUGUUAAGGAGGAGUUUCUGAAGAAGAACCCCAAUGGGAUUAACCCGGUCGAUGCUAACGACGUUUUCUUCAGUCUCCAUGCCGUCCUGCUCUGCUUGGUCUACGUCAGCCAGGCUGUUAUCUACGAGAGGGGGGGUCAGAGAGUCUCCCGGGUGGCCAGGGCCUUGCUGGUCAUCGGCUGGGCGUUUGCUUUGAUCAGCUUAUUUGUCGCUAUAUCCAAACGCAUCACCUGGCUGGACUACCUCUACUAUUUCUCCUACAUUAAACUAGCAGUCACUCUGGUCAAAUAUGUGCCACAGGCUUACAUGAACUACAGAAGAAAGAGCACCGAGGGAUGGAGUAUUGGAAAUGUGUUGCUGGACUUCACCGGUGGAACACUCAGCAUCCUGCAGAUGAUCUUAGAGUCCUACAACAACGACGAGUGGAUGCUGAUAUUCGGCGAUCCGACCAAGUUCGGUCUGGGUCUGUUCUCGGUGGUGUUCGACAUCCUCUUCAUGACCCAGCACUACUGCCUCUACAGACAGCCUCCGUCCUACGAACCUAUCGGAGAAGAAGCGGACGACUGACGCUCAGCUCACUCUGCUGUGACGCGAGGACUCGGGAAGAUCAGUGUUUGACUUCCACCAUGAUACCGCGUUACAGCGGAGCAGGCUUUUUAAAUUAGGUUUAGAUCAAGCUGCUUGGGACCAAAAAAAGUUCCUUUUUCUGAAUUUAUCUAAGGAUCUAUUUUUUUUACACUAUAAUUAUUUUUAUUUGGAGCACGGAGGCCUUAAAAUACUGGGACUUUUUAAGCACCAACAUCAGGUGUUUUGAGAUACUGUACUGUAAUAACUUUGAGGGCAGAGGGUGAGUCCGAGUUACUGUGGUUUAGUCAACUCCUCAUUAUUAAAUUUUAAUUCAGUGAUUUACUAUAAAUAAUAUGUUGAGCUGAUCGUCUGUGAAGUCAAUAUUAUUACCUGUGUUUAUUUGAUUGGAUUUUCUCCCUGAUUCCGUUGCAAUAAAUAUCACACACACAUACAUAUAUAUAUAUAUAUAUAUACAUGUAUACAUUUUGGUGUUCUUAAAUAUGUGCCAUGGGUCUAAAUAAUGAAGACACGAGCUACAUCCUGCUUCCUGCAACGACUAUUUCAGAGCAACGUUUUCCCCAGUUGGUUUAACAUUUUUUUUAUUUUCUAUUCACAUCCAAUUUUCCACAUAUAUAUAUAUAUAUAUAAAUAUAGUACACAAUUUUCAGAAAAGAUGUCAAGUAGAUCGAAGUAGCACAUACCGUCAUUGACUGGUCAAAAAAAAUGCAAGCAAGCAGUCGGUAUAUGAACAUGAUAGAGAGGGGGAAGAAAGAAGAGGUUCAUUAAAGACGUUAAAGUAAAAAGGCUAAUUAUGACAUCACUGCUAUGAACAAAACUACAGCUUCAGACUCUUUCUUUUCUUUUCUUUCUUUUGGUGGAAUUUGCUGCUUGUUAAAACAGACAGGAGACAGCACCG